CGGCUUCUUCUGAGGCGGCGGUUGAGGCAGCGCCCGGUGUCUUGGUCGCGGUCUGUGCAGCGGCAGGCUGCUCCCGUCCCGGCCGGCGGGGCGGCCGUCCAGCCCCUCGGGCCGGCAGGCGAUGGUGCGGUGGAGUGCGCGGACGCGGGCGGCGUGGCGGCGGGCAUGAAGGAGGAUGGAAGGGCAGGACGAGGUGUCGGCGCGGGAGCAGCACUUCCACAGCCAAGUGCGAGAGUCCACGAUCUGUUUCCUUCUCUUUGCCGUUCUCUACAUUGUCUCCUACUUCAUCAUCACAAGAUACAAGAGAAAAUCAGAUGAGCAAGAAGAUGAAGAUGCCAUAGUCAACAGGAUUUCGUUGUUUCUGAGCACGUUCACUCUAGCAGUUUCAGCUGGGGCAGUUUUGCUUUUACCCUUCUCAAUAAUCAGCAAUGAAAUCCUGCUUUCUUUUCCUCAAAACUACUAUAUUCAGUGGCUAAAUGGCUCCCUGAUUCAUGGUUUGUGGAACCUUGCUUCUCUCUUUUCCAACCUUUGUCUAUUUGUGUUGAUGCCCUUUGCCUUUUUCUUUCUGGAAUCAGAAGGUUUUGCUGGCCUGAAAAGGACUAAGGUCAAAGGGGAGAAUCAGCUUGAGGAGGGGUAUAAGAAGGGAAUCCGAGCCCGAAUUUUAGAAACUCUGGUCAUGCUUAUUCUUCUGGCCUUGCUUAUUCUUGGGAUAGUGUGGGUAGCCUUGGCGCUCAUUGACAAUGACGCUGCGAGUAUGGAAUCUUUAUAUGAUCUCUGGGAUUUCUACCUACCUUAUUUAUAUUCCUGUAUAUCAUUGAUGGGAUGUUUGUUACUUCUCUUGUGCACUCCAGUUGGCCUCUCCCGCAUGUUCACAGUCAUGGGGCAGCUGUUGGUGAAGCCAACAAUUCUUGAAGACCUGGAUGAACAAAUUUAUAUUAUUACCCUAGAGGAAGAAGCAAUUCAGCGACGACUAAAUGGACUGUCUUCAUCAGUGGAACACAAUAUAACGGAGUUGGAACAAGAACUUGACAAUGUAAAGAUUCUUAAGACAAAAUUAGAGAGGCGCAAAAAGGCUUCAGCAUGGGAAAGAAACUUGGUGUAUCCUGCUGUUAUGGUUCUCCUUCUUAUUGAGACAUCCAUUUCGGUCCUCUUGGUGGCUUGUAAUAUUCUUUGCCUGUUGGUUGAUGAAACAGCAAUGCCAAAGGGAACAAGGGGGCCUGGAAUAGGAAAUGCUUCUCUUUCUGCUUUUGGUUUUGUGGGAGCUGCACUUGAAAUCAUUUUGAUAUUCUAUCUUAUGGUGUCCUCUGUUGUUGGUUUCUAUAGCCUCCGAUUUUUUGGAAACUUUAUUCCCAAGAAGGAUGACACAACGAUGACAAAGAUCAUUGGGAAUUGUGUGUCAAUCUUGGUCUUGAGCUCCGCACUGCCUGUUAUGUCAAGAACACUGGGAAUCACUAGAUUUGAUCUACUUGGAGACUUUGGAAGGUUUAAUUGGCUGGGAAAUUUCUAUAUUGUGUUAUCCUACAAUUUGCUUUUUGCUAUUAUGACAACAUUGUGUCUGGUCAGAAAAUUCACCUCUGCUGUACGAGAAGAACUUUUCAAGGCCCUAGGGCUUCAUAAACUUCACUUAUCAGAUACUUCAAGGGAUCCAGAAACCACAAAGCCUUCUGCGAAUGGGCAUCAGAAAGCACUGUGAGACCCGCAGUAGCGCCCUGCAAUCAAGAGCCUGAGCGCCCCGAACCUGUGACGUUCCCGUCGGUCAGGGGUGUUUCCUGCUGACUGUGGCCCGCGUUUAUGGCCUGGGCCUGUCGGUGUCGUUUUCAUAAUCUAAGAGCUCGGCUGUUGCAGGUCUUCUUCUUUUUACCUUUGGGGCGGCCCUUGUAGUUCCCAGCCAGGUGCAGCCUCCUCAGGGCGGCACGUCUUCUGGGGCCAUGUUUGCUUGCAUCAGUUAUGCGCCCAUAUGAGAGUGUUAGAAAAGGCCAACUUUGGGGCUUUCUAAGGAUUCACUUAAAUCUUGUUAUAUAUUCCAUUCAAAAUGAAUUCCAUUCAUGCCCUACAUGAAAGGGUAUCCUUGGUACUUAGAUGUGAAAUUUCUGCAAAAAAUGAAAGUUUGUAGAUGAUAUUGCUGUGGGUACAUUGGAACUGUAAAUGGUUGCAAAUUAUAUUUUUCACUUCCUUAAAGAAAAAACAAAAGCAUAGUUCUGAUUUAUGUUACAGAAUGAUAUUGAUUGGACUUUGAGUCAAGGGAAAAAUACAAAAUUCUUUUAAAACUUGAGCCUUGGUAGGAUGCCACAGGAAUACCUCCUACUGUCCAGUGGAAUAAGCUAUGGUAGGGAGUAUUAUGUAAUCAUACUUCUCUGACAGUUUAUGUGUAUAUAAUUCAAUAUUACCUCUCAUAACAUAGUUGCCAGUGUUGAAUACACUUGUAACUUAGAUUUUGCCUUAUAGGCUAUAUGUACACUCAGUUUUUUUUAAACAUUUUUUUCAGAACUCCCUUAAUUCCCUGUGUCCAUUAUGAACUAUAAAUGCUCUGUGGUAGACACCCCUUCUGUCGCCACAGUCUUCAGGCUUUGAUCACUUCUGUACAUGCCAAUUUAAACAUCAGACUUACGAAUGUUACCAUUUAACACCCAAAACACACAGCAUCAGCAUUCAUGAUGUAAGAAAAGUUUUGCCGUGUAUCAUGGUCUGGUGAUCAUUCAGUUAUUAAAUUGUAAAUAAUUCUUGGGAUGGGUUCUUGACUUAAGUCCACUGAAUAAAAGCUAUAACAUUAUACUCCGUGUUACCAUCCACUAGGAUCGAGUACCAGAAAUUGUGCAUGCAAAAAUAGCAGAUGGGUCCACUUGCACACAGUUCAUAUCAUGCAGCCUCUAUAAACACAUAUGUUCAUAUGUGCUGUGUGUUUGGCAACAGGUUGUGUUCAGACAAACGUAAAAGAACAGUUUUCUCAAAUUGUUGAAUUUAAAGGGUUUUUUUGGGAGAAAUUUAUGAAAAACAGGCUAUAUAUAUUUUGACAUCAAAAAUUUCCACUUAGAUCCAAUAUAAUAAGAGAAAGUAACCCAAAGCUCCAUUGUGUAUACUUCUCCUUUAUUUAUACCUCUGCAUUUCCUUCUGAUCUUCUCUUCCUGUUAAAAUGCAGCUUAGUUUUAAAAUAAAAGAACAUUUUGUGAUUCUAAACAACACUCAGUAAAUACCACCAGUCUAGUAUGGGUGAAUUUCUCAGCAUAAGAUCCACAUACUGAGAAAAUGAAUAAAAAUUGGCUGCUUUCUAAUUUUACUGGUAAUUAUACCUAUUUAAGUGUUAAUUGCAAGUUUUGAUUUUUACUGAAACUUGCUUGCUUUGAGCAGACCAGGUCAAGGGGAGAAGAGAAAAGAAUUCCUUUAAAUAAAAGAAUAUCACUUUUAACUUACACUAAUUUCAGGGCAGACAUCCAGAGGAAGAGCUUCUGGGUAUUUGUAAGAUGUCUGAAAAUUUUUGAGUAAAAUAUUAAACUUUUCAAUGUCUAUAUCAACUCUUUGUUCAUUUGAAAGUUUCUUUCCAUCAGAGGACUUAAGCCAGGUUUGGAUUAGUAAGGAGUGAAAUGUAUUAUAAAUUCCUGAAGCUCUUAGUGGAUGCUUCUUCACUGCUGUGUGGAGCAGAGGGACGGUUUUGAACCUUGGGUGCCAGAUGCCUUCUGUGGAAGCAAAUAUAGGUUGUCACAUCCUCGGUCUGCACGUAAUGACAACCACCUGAGGCUCUAGCAACACCUGGUGCAUUCCUGGUCACAAGCGCAGUCUUCCUCUUGAGUGAGACCCUUACUCUAAAUGCAGGCGCUUCUCCUGCAUGCACGCUGGAGGCUGGCAUGUGCACCUGUGGCAGAAGUGGCUGCGGCGCACUGAGGCCGAGCACUGGAGGACCGGUAAGGACAGACAGGCACCCGUGAGCUUCCUGUUACUGCAGUUGUGCGUGCAGUGGCGGGCGAGCACGAGGCCUCAGGUCCGAGGUCCCGGUGCCGGCGGUCGGACGGGCCUGAAACUGCCUUCCUUCUAAGUGGGUGGGGUACAUCACUGACUGCAUUAAAUCAAAUGCUCCUUUUAUUUUUUCUCACCACUAGGAUCUAUUUUAAAAGGGCAUUAGGCACUGCAAUCACAGAGUUUCUUGAGGAGACUGAGCCAAUUCUUAUCAUUCAUUGGUUCUACAGUAUGUAAAUAAAUUAUUUUGAAGUUAUAAAUUUUACAGAUUAUAAUGUUUGUAAUGAUUUUUACUGAUUUUCCAAGAUAUUUCUUAGAUUUAAAAUUUGUUUAGCUUUAUAUACAUUCUGUGUAAAAAUAGACCUGCUGUAAAUAUGAGACUUUAUGUGAAAAUUACACACACACACACACACACACAGGUGGCACCUUCAGUGCCACGCUGAGGGGUUGACAGUGGAUGAGAAUGAAAGCUUCCUGGUGGUUCUCAGUCUUGGGUGCGUCAAAGGUGCAUAUAUACCUGACCUUCGGGGCACCGGCUUCUGCCUGGUUUUCUGGAGCAGUCGGCCUCCCUGUGGCCUCUGUAACCACCUUAUUUGCCAGCAACACAGGCUUACAUCGCGUGAAAGCCCUAGGUGGCUUUCUAUGUUGUUAGCAGUAUUUAGUAUAUAAAGGCAGAGUUCUUAAAAUAAUUUUUUUUAAGUAUGAGGAUACAUGCAGUACUGACUUCUUAAACUUUUAAAAAAUUGGUAUGAUGUUACUUUAAAAAUAAUGUUUGGAUGCACUGGCAAAUUAUUUUUGUUUACGGAGUGUUUUGUUUACAGGUUAUCAGGCUUGUUUCUGUGAGAUACUUUUAGUGUGACUUUUUAAAUGUCUCAGAAAUUAAAGUUUUACAAAAAGUGAUUUCAUAUUUUGGUUUACAAGUACUCAAAUGUGUUUUUUAUUUUUAAUCUUAAAUACCAUCAUGGCUAAAACUUAAGAGUGUAUGUAGGUUAUUUUCAUUUCAGUUUUAUAAAGGGCAAUAACUAUUCUUAUGGAAUGUUGAACUGAGGGAGGAGUGGAUAUUUUCUCUCCUUUUUGUUGGGGAGUUUUUGAUCAAUUUCUUGCAACCUAAAAUGUAGCAUCAAUAAUUGAAAUCAUGUAUGUUAUUUCUUUGACUUAUUUAGGUUUGAUGUCUCUAAUUUCUUCCAUUGAAGGACUGAGCCAUAUACCUGAUUGUGGUGUGAGCAGCUUAAUCCAGAGUGCUUGGAAGGCAAAGGCCUUUAGCAUGUGGUUCAUUCACUGACAAACAGAAGCCUCUACGGCAGUGGCUUUCAGACUUCUGACCAGAGUAAAAGGGGCAGGACCUGCGGUUGUGAAAAAGCGCGAGGAAACAGUAGCCAUAGUUAUCUACCAAUCUGAAAGGGGGGGAAUCACACCUGUGUACCAUGUAGUGGAAAACGCCAGGUGGCUUCUGUAUCUGUGUGCCAGAAGCCAAGUUCACCAAGCUCAGGGAACACAUCUGGAUCUAAGGCAGUUUGCAGCCAAGCCCAGCUGAGCCACCACAGAGCAGGCGGCCCCCAUCCAACAGAUAAGUAAUAAACGCUGCUUGUCCUAAGCAUUUUUACAGCAGUGGGACGAUAAAAUCAUACUCCCUGAGAAAAUGAAACAAAACCGGGAUUUACUAAUCAAAAUGAUAAUAAACUAAAUACCCAACCACUUGGAAAGGUAAAAAUGGUAUUUGUAAAUAAUUCCAGAAAUUUAUGGAUUAUACACGGAUUUAAAUAGCAUCACAGACUUUCCCUCUCCCAAGUGAGUCCUCCACCAAACUCAUGCUGCUUAGGGCCCCAACUUUUUCUUGGACAACGACCCAUUUUCAAAUGAGACCUGAAGAGGCUGUGAUGUAAUCGUAGAAAAGUCCGCGUGGUGUUUGUGGCUUGACCUGAGAAUGUGCUGUCGUCUUCAAACCGUCCAGAGAAGCAGCUACUCCACUGAAGUGCUUUUUUUUUUUUUUUUUUUACUGUUCUGUGCUUGUAACUUGGUCUCCCCAAGGCUUUGUUGGGCAUGCUGUUCCAGAAGACUUGUCAAUAAGAGAAUUACCUGAUGUGCCAUUGA